AUGGGAAAUACAUAAGGACAAUAAGAUCAACUAGCUGACAUGAAUAGCCAACAACAUAUUGAUGGCGAUCAAGCUGGAGCUAAUGCUGAAGGCAACUAAGUAGAAUAUCAAUAUACAGAAAAGGAUUUAGAGUACGUCGGUUAAAAGGAGGAAGAUGAGGCUUAUGGUGAAAUAAAAAUAUACAGAAUUAGGAGAGAUCUUGAGCAAGAUGCAGAAAAUCCACAAGAGGAUUUAGAAAUUUGCACAAAAACAAAGAUUUUUGACUCUAGAGAAGACUGCAGAGAUUACUAUGAAGACCUCAAGUCAAAGAAGUAUUUAAAUCACAACCAUUUGGUUAGACUUGUAAGAUCAUAAGCAAUUUUGAAUAGUAAUUUCUGCACUAACAUUUAUAAGAUUGAUAUGGCAUAUGAAUACCACAAGUUGAGUCUUAAGGAAGUUCUCCUAUCUCGUUUCGAAACAAAAGAAUUCUUCGAUGAAAAUUCUAUAUUUGAUUUGAUAGAGUAAAUUAUGAGCGUUUUAUAUUACUUUAAAAUCAAUGGUAUGGUUCAUGGUGAUAUCUAACCAAGGACUAUCUUGAUAGAUAACAACAACAACUUCAAACUUACAGAUAUUAUCUUUUUGACAGCAGGUAUGUGUGGAUACAAGAAGCACUUGCUUAAUUUAGAAACUGAGUGCUUCUUAGCCCCUGAAUUACUUUAGAAGUUGCGUAGAUCUACAAUCUUGGAUAACGAAGAAGUUGAUCAAGAAAAGGCUGAUAUUUUCUCUCUUGGUUUAGUUGCUUUGGCUAUGGGAACUCUCCAAAAUGUAGACAUCAUUUAUGAUUUCGAAAACUAUACAAUUAAAGAAGAGGAAAUUUUAGCACUUUUAGAGACAAUCAAAAGCCAAUAUAGCUACAAUUUAUAUCUCUUAUUAGUAAGCAUGCUAAAUUAGAUAGAUAAGCGUAUUAAUUUAGAAGAUGGACUCAAUUUGAUUGACUAAAUGCGUAGCGGAAAUUUCAAUUUAGAGGAAUAUGAGACCAAGCGUUUCUAAUCUGAAUUAGAAUAAAGUGAAAAGAAGCUCGCAGAUUCUGUCCAACAUGGAAAUCAAUUUAUCCAAUCUCCUGAUGAAUAAUAUAAAAGUAAUACUGACCAUAUUAUUUAGCAUGAACAUGAUGGAGAAAACUCCAACGUUUAAGCAAAUUAUAGAGGAUAAGCAGGAAACCAACCUGGCAAUGAAAUCUCUAACACUGAAUAUUCUGAAGACCACAUUCCAGACUUUGAUCCUGAUAGAGAAACUAGAAAGAGAAGCAGAAUUAAUAGAGGAGAUAACUAACAAAAUAACAAUAACAAUAAUAACUCUAAUAAUAAUAUUAACAGCAGCAAUAUUAAUAGCAGUAACUAAAAUAGCUAAUAAAAUGCAAAUAGAAACUAGCCAUAAUAUGCAAAUAUGAACGAAAGCAGCCACAGCUACCAUAAUAACAGCUAUAACGAAUAGCAACAAUAACCAUUAAAUAGAGGAAACACUUAUAAUUCCGAUUAAAAGAAGAAUCCUGCUAGAUCAACUAAUUAAUUUGGACAAGGUUCAUCAUAGUAAAAUAUCCAAUAAAGUCUCUAAUCAGAUCAUAAGAACGAUAGAUACGAUAGCAAUUAAUUCAAUUAAAAUUCUCACCAAAAAAAUAUCCAUAACAGCUAGCAAUAUUAAAACAUGAGCCACCAACACCCCAACCAUAAUAAUUCCACUAGCAUUAAUGACAUCGAAAAUAGAUUUAGAGAAGCAAUUUUGAGAAGCUAGCAAGUCUCUCUUAAGUUUGAAAACUCACCUUUGAGAUUAUUCAGAGACUAACUUCUUGCUGAUGAGCUUUAUGUACCUCUCGAUCCAUAGUUCUCCAACGCUUCAUUAAUGAAAUCAAGAAAUCUUGAAAAUUCUGGUAGAAAAAAUCAACUCUCACAAUCCAAUAAAUUAAAUUACUCCAAUAAUGUAAGCCAAAAUUUCUCUGCUUAAAAGAAUACAAAAAAGAAUGACAGUACUCAAAAAUUAAUUCAAAAGAAAUGGAAGAUCUGA